AGCAGUUGGUGGCGCCGCCUCUCUUUCCCACACCAUUCCGUGCUGAAUUUUCCAUCUCGUGGACCUGUAGUAACCCCUCCAGUCCCUUCUAGACUUGUACUAACCCCUGCAUGCAUACUGCUCAAGCAAGCAGCUAAGGCCAAGCUCCCUCCACGCAGUGGCGACUAAAGUUAGCUAAUCCACCAGUCGACACCACUCUUGUUCCAUCUCUCUCCUCAAUCCUCACUUGAUCGACACCUGGAAUCAGGUUGGAAGCAUCCCCAUCCAUUGGAGUGUUUGACCCCAAGGCUCUUCUCCUCUUCUCUCCUCUUGUCCAUCGUAUAAAGCCAUUUCCCUUUGCCCUACUCUUCCAGUCACUGCCACUAGUCUACGAUCGAUCUACUGCUACUCUUCUCUCUUUGCCAUCAAGCUAAUUGAGCAACUUCUCAAGUGUUCAAGAGCUUAGGAGAGACCACCAGUGCCUACCAUGGCGGUUGAGGCGGUUCUUGACACGGCGGCGAUGCCGUCGCCGAGCAGGGAGGUGGUGACUGCUGCAACGAGCAGCGAGGAGGCGUCAACGGUGCAGGAACAGGAAGUGGAGGGGUGGGCGAAGCGGAAGCGCUCGAGGCGGCGGCGGCAGCGCGCGCUGCCGCAGGAGCCCACCGAGGAGGAGUACCUGGCGCUGUGCCUCGUCAUGCUGGCGCGCGGCCGCCGCGACGUCCGCGCCCCGCCCCCCGCGCAGGAGCACGCGUGCUCCGUCUGCGGCAAGGCGUUCGCGUCGUACCAGGCGCUCGGCGGCCACAAGGCCAGCCACCGGAAGCCUCCGGCGCCGACACCGGCCCCCGCUCUCUCCGGCGCGGAUCGUCAGGAGGAGCAGAAGCAGCAGGCAGCGCCGGCGCCCUCGUCGUCCGCCGUGUCCUCGUCCGCAGGAUCUACCGGCGCCGGAGAUGGCAAGGCGGCGCACGAGUGCAACGUGUGCGGGAAGGCGUUCCCGACGGGCCAGGCGCUGGGUGGGCACAAGCGGUGCCACUACGACGGCACCAUCGGCAGCGCCGCCGCGCGCGCCACGGCAGCUAGCGGACCUCCUCGUGUCGCGAUUGGUGGCUUCGACCUCAACCUGCCGGCGCUGCCGGACAUCGCGGAGCGGUGCACGGCUGCGGGGGCCGGCGGCACGUCGGCAGAGGAGGAGGUGCUCAGCCCGCUCGCCUUAAAGAAGCCCAGGCUCAUGAUCCCGGCUUGAUCAAGGUGUUCAAUCAAUCCAUUAGUUGGACACUCGAUCGAUCAGAAGCAUCUGUUCCUUGAUUAUUUGGUGGUGACUAAUUACUUUGUGUAAAUACAUAGGUAGUGUUCAUUAUUCUUCUUCACUGUAUUAUCUCUAAUUCUUCUCCUAGCGAGGCUAGAAUUAGAAUCAAGGAUCAAUUCUUUCAUUGGUCGAAUUGGCGUAUACAUGUAAUGUAUGACGCGAAAAUAAUAAUAAAAAAGGAUGGAUUCUUUUUCAUCA